CCCCCCCCCCCCACUAACCAUCUUAUCUCUCCUUCUCGUGAAUACCACUGCCCGGGCCCCCUCCCCCUUGGUCUCUCGGCAUCACCCGCAUCUGACAAACACCUUGUCUUAUCGAUAAGGGUCGGCACACGCGCUGCGCUCAUACAGUGAGGUGAGUGCCGUCAUCAACAUCGACAUCAUCCCACUGACCAUCCUCAUCGCCCAUCCACCCUUACCCCGCCUUUACCUCCACUGUCACCUCGCCGCUCACCAUGAAUCCCCAUCACAGAUCCACACCACCAUGCAGAACACCUCUACUGCCCAUCUCGGGGGUAGCAGUAGCAAUCACAACUGGGCAACAGUGAGUGUUUUUGUCCCCCCAUCCAUCCAUCCCUCCUUUGACUUCCCAUCGACACUCCGAUGAUCCAGAGAAGAGAGAAAGAGAGUCUUCGCUCACACGUCGUCGCCUCUUCUGCUGCCUGCCCUUCCUCCUCCUCCUCCUGCUACUACCAUGACAUCGACCCCUUGUUCCCCCACCGAUCUCAUCGAUCUCGCCUUGCUUCUCACCACUCAACAGCCUGGAAUAUCAAACCUCUAUCAGAACCCCAAACAGCCUCAACAACAGCAGCGCUCUACAUCCAACCCAAGAGCAUACCCCGAUCCUGGCGCAGACGCUCGUCGCGAUGAUGCAACCCAACAGAUGUACGAUACCGGCUAUGGCAGCUAUCAACAGAGCGGAUACGGCAACGUCGGAUACGGUGGAUACGGAGCUCAACAGCAGCAGCAGCAACAACAACAACAAGCACAACAAGUCGGAUACGCUACGUCGCCUUCGACCUCACGACGACCAUCCGGUCAGGCUAAACCGACUUCGACGCCUCCCAUGUCGGCUCCGCCCACCAACACAUCACCUAUGUACCCAUCCCGUGGAUCUACCGAUAUGACUCACAUGACUCAAUCACCGUAUCAGCCCGCGUCAGCACCUCCCAAUGUCAACCACCACAUGCAGCAAAAUCAACCACAAACCGCGCAUCCUUAUGGAGGAGGGUAUUACAAUUAUUACGACCAAGCCCCUUGGUACCCUCAAGGUUCUGUAAGACCGGGUCAAUCGUCCACGCCCACACAACCUGUGGACAGAACACCCCAAACUGGAUCGUACGACUACUCAUCGCCCUACGCCGCUGGCUGGGAUCAGAGUCGUCAAUCGUGGCAGACUCCGAAUCAACCUCGACAAAGCGGUAGCGCUCAAACAUAUUACCCUCCAGCCCAAGCGCCUGCACCCUACCCUUGGCAACCAUGGCAGAACAAUUACUAUCCACCGCCCGCUCAACCGGCCACGAGCGCUCUCCCGCCCACGCCUUCGAGCGGCAAAAAGGAGAAAAAGGCAUCCGGCGAUUAUCAAGGGCUUGGGAAACGUUCGGCUGAGCCUGUCGCUGAGGAUCCAGCAGAGAAGAAAAAGAAGGGCAAGAAGGAGGAGGUCAAACCUGCCGCUCCUGCCAAAUCACAUCUACACCCUCCACGUCAAGCACAGUCUGCUUGGCAGUUGUUCUUCACCGACGAACUCAAUAAGGCUAAAGAGGCUGCUGCCCAAGGCAAUUCACCAGGUGGUACUCCGCAACACGCCAAGCUCAAUGUCGCUCAGAUCGCAAAGGACGCCGGUAUCGCUUACGCAAAUUUGAAUGACGAGCAAAAAGCCUAUUACGCUCAAAAGGUCCAAGAGAGUAAAGAACAGUACGCUCGCGAGCUCGCUGUCUGGCAAGCGACCCUUACGCCAGAAGACAUUCGAGCCGAGAACGCAUUCCGAGCACAACAGAGGAAAGAAGGCAAAUCCCGCAAAGGCAAUCUCAAGGAUCCCAACGCCCCGAAAAAGCCACUCUCAGCCUACUUCUUGUUCCUCAAGGAUAUCCGCGAGAACGAUGACCUGAGAAUGAGAGUCUGGGGAGACGAGACAGAGACGACAAAACAAUCCGUCCUUGCGGCCGAGCGUUGGCGAUCAUUGACCGAUGACGAGAAGAGGCCCUUCUUGUCCCAGGCGGAACACGACAAGCAAGAGUACGAAGCCGCUCGCAAGAUCUAUGAAGACGAAGCUGCCGCUCGGGCAAGAGGCGAAGAUAUCCCUUCUCGUCCGGUCGUCGUCCAAGACAUUCCUCAAUCCAAGCCCGCCUCUGGCAAAUCGCACAAGAAAAAGGUUUCUCCACCAAAAGUCGAGUCAGAUGUCAAACAGGAAUCAGCUACAGACGUCAAAACGCCUCCUGGCGACGUUGAUAGUUCAAUGGAGUUUCCCGGCUUUCCAGAUCUAGCGGGUGAUAUGGACCUCGGUGGUUUCCACAAUGUCGGUGAUACACAUCACACCGCCGAUUGGGGCGAGCUGCAUACGAUCAUGGGCAAAGAUGACGGAUCACCACAGCAUUCUGAAGGGUCCGAUUCCAAUGUUGACGAGGCGCCCGGGAUGGAGACUGCGAUGGAGACGACACACGAAGCGCCACGCGUACCGGAAUCGGUGGUCCAAGAUGUGGCAGCGGCGGCGGAAGGUCACGCAGCGGUACCUAGCGAGUUGAAAUCUGACCAAGAGGCAUUACAUUCGAGCGAUCCUGCGCCCAUCACGCCAAAUCCCACUCUUGGAGAGGAUGCCGAAAGAGCCUUCGAUAGUGCUGCGUUGGCCGGAGAAGUUCUGCCCGAGGCAGUGACUGAAGACGGUACGACCGGAGAAGAGGUUGAGCAAAAGAUUGAUGCGGUUUGAGGGGAGAAAAGCAAGGCGGAAAGAAAAUCUUGUAAGAUGGCUCGUAAGAAACAUGGGCAGAGGGAUGUCUUGUAUACAUAUAUAAUAUAGCUACCUCCUGGGAGUCUUGGUUCAUAUAUGCAACAGGGUCGUAUAGUCAGUCA